AUGGACAAAGGCAAAGAAAAGGAAUUUAUCAUUGAUUUGAACGAUGAAGACUUUGAUUACCAAUAUGAUAGCAUUGUUAAAACUGAGUCUGAUGAAGAGGCCAUUCUAGUUUCGGACAAUAUUUUUAAUGAUUUAACUGUUGAAGAUAUAUGGAAGAUGGAGUUUAGCUCAGUAGAUGAGGCAGAAGAAUUUUAUAAUUUAUUUGCUAAAGUUACCGGAUUCAGUGUUAGAAAGGAUGAUGUAAAACGAGAUAAAAAUCAAAAUAUAGUAUCUCGUAAGUGGGUUUGUUCGAAAGAAGGAUAUCGACAUAGAGUGUGUUUAGAGAAUGAAAAUCGAAAACGAGAACCUAAGGCAGUAACUCAAGUUGGUUGUGAGGCAACAUUUCGGAUUGGGUUUAACAAACAAAUGAACAAGUGGGUUGUGAAAGAGUUUAUGGUUGAUCAUAAUCAUCCUUUGGUGGAACAAAAAAAUGUCCAAUUCCUUCGAUCCCAUAGGGUCAUUAAAAAUGCAAACAAAGCUCAAUUGAAUGCAAUGCGAGGUGUUGGCAUAGGAACUAGCCAAAUUAUGGAUUACAUGGUGCAACAAUCAGGUGGAUAUAACAAUGUUGGCUUCACAAAAAAAGAUCUAUAUAACCAUGUUGAUGCUGAUCGUAGAGUUCAUCUAAGAGAUGGUGAUGCAGAGGGUGCUUUGGCUUAUUUGUGUGGAAAGUCUGAAAUGGAUCCAUCAUUUUAUUACAAGUACAAUGUUGAUGAAGACAACCAUCUAGCAAACCUGUUUUGGGCAGAUUCUACUAGUAAAUUGGAUUACAGUUGUUUUGGAGAUGUAUUAGCAUUUGAUACAACUUAUCGGACUAAUGCUUAUAAAAAACCGUUGGUCAUAUUAGUUGGCAUUAACCAUCACCAUCAAACUAUAGUGUUUGGAUCUGCAUUAUUGGUAGAUGAGAGUGUUAGCACUUAUACUUGGGUCUUGGAGACUUUUUUGGACGCAAUGAAUAACAAGAAGCCUCUUUCUGUUAUUACUGAUGGGGAUAAAGCAAUGCGUAAAGCCAUCAAGAGGAUAUUUCCAGACUCUUGUCAUCGAUUAUGUGCUUGA